AUGAGCGAAGAGAACAAACGAACCUUUGGAGAUCGAGAAGAGGAGGAGGCGAUCCAGGAGAGAGAGGAGAUGUUGAAACGAUUCGAGGGAAAGAAUGGUGAAACUAUUGCAAUGGACAGAGGAUCAAAAAAGGGAGUGGAUUGCCUCUCCUUCUUGUUCUUCACUUCUUGGAGAUUCAUUUAUAUUUGCAUGCAAGCAGGUUCUUGGAUCGAUGUUUAUAUUGGAUAUUUGAGAUCAAGCUGUAGAUAUGAAUCUCAGGUUGAGAGAAGUCACAUAUGGAAUACGGAUCUGCUUUGUCAGAAGUGGCACAUGCGAAAUCAAGAGAUCGGGAUGAUAAUAAGUUUGGCCGAUCCUGAUAUUUACUAUUGCGAUAUCGACGAAUUUGAUGAUUGGGGAAUUCGCUAUAUUAACAUGCACAUCACCUCAUCAAUUCCGACAGAAGAAGAGCUGUUGAAAAUCUUACAGCUUCUGUUCCAAUUUCACCAAAAGAAUCCAUCUUUACUAGUUGGAAUAAUGGACAUGACUAUAUACAAUUUACCCUAUUUCAUCAUUGCUCAGUAUUGUUAUUGA